AUGAAGUAUCUACUUUUCGUUGGAUUGUUAUUGAUUGCGGUUUUAGGUUUUGCCCAAACAAAGGCCGAUGAUGCUAAAGAAGAAAUUGCCACUGAAACUGUUGACUUGAAUUUGGGAUCAUUCAAAGAAGGUUCUAGAACCGAUACCGAUGCCGUUCAACGUGAGGAAGAAGCCAUUAAAUUGGAUGGUCUUAAUGUUGCCCAGUUGAAGGAAAUCCGCGAAAAGGCUGAGAAGUUUAACUUCCAGACCGAAGUUAAUCGCAUGAUGAAACUGAUCAUCAAUUCCUUGUAUCGUAACAAAGAGAUUUUCUUGCGUGAAUUGAUUUCCAAUGCCUCUGAUGCCAUCGAUAAGAUUCGUCUUUUGGCCCUCACCAACAAGGAAGAAUUGGAAACAAAUCCAGAGCUCAGCAUACACAUUAAGGCCGAUAAGGAAAAUAAAAUCUUGCACAUUAUGGAUACCGGUAUUGGUAUGACUCAUCAGGAUUUGAUCAAUAAUUUGGGUACAAUUGCCAAAUCGGGUACUGCUGAUUUCUUGGCUAAAAUGCAAGAUCCCACAAAGGCAGAUGGCCAGGAUAUGAACGAUAUGAUUGGUCAAUUUGGUGUUGGUUUCUAUUCGGCUUUCUUGGUUGCUGAUCGUGUUGUUGUCACCACCAAACACAACAAUGAUAAACAAUACAUUUGGGAAUCGGAUGCCAAUAGCUUCAGCAUUACAGAAGAUCCUCGUGGUGAUACUCUGAAACGUGGUUCAGUCAUUUCAUUGUACUUGAAGGAUGAAGCUCAAGAUUUCUUGGAACAAGAUACUUUGCAAAAUUUGAUUCGCAAAUACUCACAAUUCAUUAACUUCCCCAUCCGUUUGUGGACCAGCAAGACUGUUGAAGAAGAAGUUCCCGUUGAAGAGGAGAAACCCGUCAAGGAAGACGAAGAAGAAAAGGAAAAGGAUGAAACUACCUCAGAAGAUGAUGUUCAAAUCGAGGAGGAUACCAAUGAAGAAGAUAGCGAUAAACCCAAAACCAAGAAAGUUUCCAAGACCGUCCAUGACUGGACUUUGAUCAAUGACAGCAAACCCAUCUGGACACGUAAACCUAGUGAUGUUACCGAGGAGGAAUACAAUGAAUUCUACAAGAGUUUGACCAAGGAUACCAGUGAACCUUUGACCCACACUCACUUUAUUGCCGAAGGUGAAGUUACAUUCAAGAGUUUGUUGUACAUUCCUAAGAUACAACCCUCCGAAUCAUUCAAUCGUUAUGGUACCAAAUCGGAUAACAUCAAGCUGUUUGUCCGUCGUGUCUUUAUCACCGAUGAAUUCAACGAUAUGAUGCCCAACUAUUUGAAUUUCAUUCGCGGUAUUGUUGACUCCGAUGAUUUGCCAUUGAAUGUGUCUCGUGAAACUUUGCAACAACAUAAAUUGAUUAAGGUCAUUAAGAAGAAAUUAGUACGCAAAGUAUUGGAUAUGAUCAAGAAGAUCAGCAAGGAGGAAUACGAGAAAUUCUGGAAGGAAUAUUCAACCAACAUUAAACUUGGCAUCAUGGAAGAUCCCAGCAAUCGUUCACGUCUUGCUAAACUUUUGCGCUUCCAGUCGUCCAAUGGUCAAGGUGUUACCUCGCUGGCCGAGUAUGUUGAACGCAUGAAGCCCAAACAACAAAAUAUCUACUUCAUUGCCGGUGCCAAUCGUGCUGAAGUUGAAAAAUCUCCCUUCGUUGAACGUCUCUUGGCCAAGGGUUACGAAGUCUUGUAUUUGGUCGAAGCUGUUGAUGAAUAUUGCAUUUCUGCUUUGCCCGAAUUCGAUGGCAAGAAAUUCCAAAACGUUGCCAAGGAAGGUUUCAAACUAAACGAAUCGGAAAAGAGCAAAUCCAAAUUUGAAGAAUUGAAGAGCACUUUCGCCCCAUUGGUGAAAUGGUUGAAUGAAGUUGCCCUCAAGGGACAAAUCUUGAAGGCUGAAGUUUCGGAACGUCUAAGCAAUUCACCAUGUGCUUUGGUUGCUGGUAUGUUCGGCUGGACCGGUAAUAUGGAACGUUUGGCCAUGUCCAAUGCCCAUCAAAAGGCCGAUGAUCCUCAACGUACCUACUAUUUGAACCAAAAGAAAACAUUGGAAAUCAAUCCCAGACAUCCAUUGAUUCGUGAGUUGUUGCGUCGUGUGGAGAGCGAUGAAGCCGAUGAGACCGCCAAGGAUAUGGCUGUUAUGAUGUUCCGUACAGCGACAUUACGUUCCGGCUUUAUGUUGCAAGAAACUGCCGACUUUGCCGAUUCCAUUGAGAGAAUGAUGCGCCAGACAUUGGGCGUUUCACUGGAUGAACAAAUUGAAAUGGACGAAGACGAUGAUGAGGUCGAAGAAACUGAAGAAGCUGCCGAUGAAAAUGCCUCCAAUGCCGGCAAUGACAAUGAAGAUGAUGAAGAUAACCACCACGACGAACUUUAA